GUUUGCUCUCGGUGCCGUACACCGGCAUGGCUCGAUUAUUUCCUAUUUGACCAUACAGGGUUAUUCUUACAAAAAAGAAAUAAAAACAUGAUCUCUAUCCCGCUAUUAUGUAGGCUUGUGGGUAUUACGACGUUUUCUCUUCCUUUGAAAUUUUUUUUUCCAAUUCCCAUUACACCAAAAACCAUUCAGCUUAAACUUUUAUGUGCUUACUAUUAAUCCUAUAAAUUGUACUGUAGGAAUCAAAAAUCUCUAUCGCGAUUUAGAUUUUCAUUUGGUUUAGCAAACAAGGAAAGGUUUAAAUAACCAGUCAAACCUGUCUGUUUUGCACGCUACGGUGGAAUCUACUGACGCAUUAUUAAGUUCUAAAUUCUACCAAGCGGUAUCCAGCGGCUUACCAGACAGGUCAGUAAAUGGAUCUGAUAUGUCUUUAGAUUCACUUUCUUGCUAAACGAAAUACCAUUUUCCCUUCCUAGAAGGCAAAUCAAAGUUAUACUACCAAAACUACUAUUAACCAAAUAUUUUUCUCUAGUAAACGCCCUUUGUUGUUUUUCUUGAAGUGGAAAAAGCACGCUUGAGUUCAAUGCUCGCGAUGUAAGUGCCAAAGCGGUUACAUCAACUUUAGUUUUUGUAUAGUUUCCCUUAGUUUAGGAGCUCUUUUAUUGUGCGUGUGUGUGUGUUAGUAAAAAAUUGACUGCCACGAAAUUCAUCGAAACUUUAGCAGUGCCAUGAAACCCUCAGACCUAAUUUACUUAAAAAGAUUGGAAAAACAAGAACCUUCAAUUUAAUAUGUUGACAUUAUUUUGUUUGCCGCUGUUUAAAGACCUGCUUGACUUUGUCAAUGCAGCACCAAGGAUGUAUUAGACCAUGCCAUACCCACAGAAAUCACAUUCGUUCAUAAUUAACAAUAUCGGUAUCCACCGCUCUCGUUUGAACCAUUCUUUCUCUAGUUCCAAUGUGUGUUUUGUCUAUUUGAUAAGAUUGUUCAGUGAACCUAUAUCACGACUGAAAGAUCUGAGGUAUCAACAUUGACGGCAAACUACCAAAUCCCUUUGAAAAGGUGAGAAGAGAAAUUCGAAUACUGAACCCCUCGUUGAAGGUGCUAAGUGUCUGCCUGGUUGUAGAUAUUCAGCGAUGCUAUUACUAUUAUUAUUGGGUCACUGUUGGCUGUUUAUGCUCCUUAUUUUCAGGGACUUCAUUCUUCCCUUCUAUGUUUCCUCGUAUCUUUUGUUUGAGAGAUCUUUUACCAUUGUAAGCUUAAGGUUAAAAAACUCAAAAAUAACUUCGUUCAGUUUUACUCUCUGUUAACUCAGCCGUGAAUUAAAAUAUGUGUUUACGGUAACUAUGGUUAUGGUUCGCUAGCUCAAGAGUGUAUCCCUGAACCAAACUAUAUACUCUAAUUAUAGAUAGUUAUCGCCCACUUUUAACAAUGACUUCGCUAAAGGAUAAUUUAAUUCACUAAGUCUCACUACAAAUUAAAAGCAAUAUCGUGGCUGAGCAAGUAAAUUCGAGUAAAUUUUUCAAUACAAUUUAGAUAAAAUUCCAUUCAAUUCUUUCAACUACUGAUAUUCUAGUUCAGUCUAAUAUAUAGAUUUAACCGAGCCUAAAAGCGGAGCUCGCCCUUUUUUUUUCCGCACGUCUCAAGGGCACAACGCCUUGCCCCGGCCAGGACUAGAACCCGGGUCGUCCGACUCGAAGCCCAGUGCACUGACCACUGGACUACUGGACAAAGCCGUGGCGUUGGCGUGCUCGCGGUAGAGUUCACCACGCAUGUUAAAAGUUCAAGUUUGUUCAAGUCCAAAUUUAUUCGGCUUGAUGGGUUACUACUACCAUUUUGUAUAAUUAUGGGGCUACGCUCUGCGAGCUCCGCUAUAAAACGACCGAGUUUUUUAAGGGUUCAACAUAAUUAGACAGGAUCAGUAUUCCGCAUUAACACCAUUAAGGCGUAUUGCCCUUCCCCAGUUUAUUAAAUUGUUAUUUAUCUGUCGAUGACAAAUGACAGCGCAUGUUACUUCACCGCUGAAAAGAGAUAAACUGAUAUUCUCCAGUGCUCAACUUACCUUAUUCAGUCAUACAUCUUUCCAAAGAUAAUUCUAACGAGGAUCUCUGUUUACACCGUGCAGAGUUCGUUCUGCCAUAAAAUGUUAAAAAAUUGGCAAAUAUAACUCUUUGACAAACGUUUUCUUUUCAUUCUUAGUUAAUUUUCUCCUCUGGACGACCUGCCGGCGCCAUGAAGCGCUUUUCUGAGGGACAUGAGUAUAUAUUUCAUGGUUUGCUCCCUACUACUAUACAGCAACUUGUCUAUUCUGGGAGGUAUGGUUCCUAGUUAACAACUUUGUAGUAGCAGAGGGAGGAGGCUUUCAAUUCGAGAAUAACGAGACUUGAGACUUUCGUCGGAUGAUGAAUACGAUAGUGAAAGCUUCCAAAUUAUUCAGUAUCUUUGUAACGAUUUGAUGCCUUUAUUUCCAAAACUGCUGUUAAACAAAAAAAAAAUUGUGACAAUCAAUAGCAAAGCUUUCCAUUCAGAACAAUCGAACAUAGUUAUGCAUGUAUAUCUUUUUUCCAACGUGAUAUCUUUUACAUACAGGUAAAAUGUACUUCGGAUCGUUGACAUUCAAACAAAAAUGGAAAGAUCUUCGAGCAUCGCCCAGAAGCUCUCAGUACCACGUGAUGGUUAACAACAUAGAGCAUUCGGUAAGUGGUGGACAAAAAAAUUACCUUUUCUAUUUGAAACCACUUAAGAAAUUUAACCUUGCAACCCUGAAAUAGUUUUAGAAUCAUGUUUUGCAAUACGGCUAACGCUCAAAGAUUUCAACUUUGCCUUUUGAACUAUGGAAGGGCACUUUUGUUGGUUGGGACAACGACGACUUUUAACGCUUUUUUCUUCCUUAUCAAGAUAAGAGAAGCUUUCAAAAAUGAUUCUAACUUUGAAAACAUCAGAGUGACUCAGUUAAGGUGAGUCAGUUGUUUUUCCUGAGUUCGAUUUUAUUUUCUGUAACAAAGCUUAGUAACUUUCUCUGUCGCCAAACGUAGACGUUUUGUUUCCCGUUGUUUUAAGUGUGUUGGAGAAAUUCUUUGACUUUUUUUUUUAACACAUCUAGGGAACAUGAAGCAAACAAGAAGUCCACGAUACGAGGAAACCUUGCAGCAGAUUUUGAGCUGUCGUUUAACGACCGAUCAAAAGCUAGAGACAGUGUUUACAAUCUGUUCAACAUGGUGCAUAGUGGUGACCUUGAUGGAUUACCAGUUCAAGAAGAUUCUUUAUCCAUACAAGGCUUGACAAACAGAACUUGGCCUAAACUGAAACGAAGAACAAACCAACUUCUGCAUCAUGGUUAGUUUUUCUUUUCGCUAUUUUGUUUCUUCUUUCCCUCGCAAGGUUUAAUUUUUUAAUUUUGAACAAGACGCUUUCAAUCAAUUCAGCUCUAUAGAAGUGGUUCAAAGAUGUGAUAAGAAUUCCGCGAGUGCAUGGUUAAUACUUCGGUGUACAUCCUUUAUGUAUACCAACAAAGGUAGUUGUUUGACCUGUAAUAAACGCAAGCUAACCUUAUCAUGGAAGGGUCCGAAGUUGAACUUGGAAACACAUGAAAUGGUAACCCAAUUUAGUCAAAGGGCCUUUCAAUUUUUUGCGAAGCCUGUUCCAGGCGUUCAGUUAGUUAAACAAAGCCCGAUAGUAAACAGCGCUGUAGUUGCGGAGGAGUGAAAAAAAAAAAAAAAAAAAAAAAAAAACGAGGGAAGUCUGGGUGGAGUCUAAACUUUGAUUUCAGCUGCAAACUUAACUUUACAUCUGAAUCAUGCAACUCUUUCAUCCUGCUUUAGGUCAAACUCUUAUGUAUCCCAAUAUCUCAUUAGCUGGCUUGUAGCUUUCUAUCUGAAUAAAUACUCAACUCCCGAGGUAAUUGAUUUGAAUUGAAGUUGAAAGAACAGCAUUAGAAUUGCAUUAUGCAUUACGAAACACUGAGAGAUUAUAAUUAUCUCUUGGAAACACUUAAUCUACGCGUCGUGCAUGCAUGCCUUAUAUAAAUAAGAAUUUACACCAUCACAUUUCUGUUAAAGUUUUCCAAUGAAAUACCGGUAUAUCAUCACCUAAGCAUAAGUUUUUUUUUCUUACUAGUCGCCUUGGUAAUGCGAAACACUUGGCCAUCAGGGAGCUAUGGUCUUCCUAAACCGAAGUCAGGCUGCCCAAGUAAAGAGUGGCUGGAAGGUUUCAGAUAUCAAGACUCAGAAAAUGUCGAAAAUACGAACACAAAAACAAAUGGAAGUCAUUUUUCGGGAAGAGUGACACCACAUGGGAUACGACAGGAAUUCUGUAUUCACAAGGGCACACCAGGAAAACGAAUUCCCUGGCCAAGUGGAAAAUAUUGCAUUUAUAGAAAAGGAAAUUCGUGUCCAACCGGCUUACGAGAAGGUGACAGUCAUAUGAAGGGCCAUCAUCCGACAUAAGAGGAAUGAAAUAAACUCAGCUUACAGCAUAUUUUCACUGGUUAAUGAUUUGUGUUCGGCGUCUACAGUACAAUGCGAGCGUGACAUAAAAAAGUGCUGAAAGGGCUCUUUUUGAUCUCAAGUUGUUAUAACCAAGGAUGACUGUAACAGUACUGAAUCUUCAGACAAAAAGAAUACAUUUCCAAAAGGAUGCCGAAACUAUACUUUUUUUUUAAAUCUAACAUGGUAUCGGGGGUCCCUUGAAAAGAUUGCCGUUUCAGUAAACAAACAGAUGUACUUCUUUUUCACACUUAUUUUAAUCAUAAUCUAGCGAACAAGGCUUUAUAUAAUUUUGUCCAUUUCAGGACGUAAAUCUUUGCAAAACUGAGUUCUUCAGGCCAGAUAUUUUAGGACCCUAUAAAGCGUCCAAGUGUCUUAACUUUUCCUCUCUUGGUUUUAGGUUGGAUUCGAUGGGACGAUGAAAACACAGAGAUCGAUUUUCCAAAUUCACUAGGAGGAGAACUCCCAGAUGGGAUAUAUGGAGAAAACACUGCAAUCUAUUUUUGCUGUAGCACUUCAGGCAAAAAGUCCACACCAAUUUCUCUGCCAUAUGGAUCUCCAUUUUACCUUAUUGCUUAUGGCUCACACAGGUGUCAAAAAGUGAGAUACUACGAGGCAAGUUUCCAUCAAUGAUAACACAUUUUUCCCUAUAAAGACGUUUUUCUUGCAACAGUUCUUCACUGAUCUUAGACUGAUUAGUUAAUCAUUGUUAAGUUUUUUUUAACAUCCUUGUCAAUUACAAAAAUCCAAGGAAUUAUUCAUUCUGCAACUCGUGAGGUUAAAGGAAACAUGAUUCACUGGAGAUUUAAUGAUGUCGAAAGAAUCUGGGAUUAAUAUUGUUUUAGUUUUGUUUUACUUCAGUUUGUGAUUGGUCUAAAAACCCAUGCAAUGUACGCGAAACUAAAACCAAUUUCGGGUUUUUCAACCACGUUUUUGCGCCUAUAAAGUUUGCUUGUUUUUGCUUAGUGUUCUGAUGGGCUCCAGUUGGGUUCAUUUUGGUUUGGAUUUACGACACUCAAUCGAAAAGCGGUUGAACAAAAGGCUCCUGAAAUAAUGUUUGAAACUAGGGCUAUAGGUGGAGUUCAGUCUCUGCGCGUCAACCUCUCUAAAGUAACGAUAAAUAACUCAAAUAGUAAUAAAAGUCACUGAUUAUUUAUAAUUGAUCUCGUGAAGGUGUCUUCAGAAUAUCUCCAAUUUGACGACGAAGACCAGGAUAAUGCUAAUGCCCAUAGCCUCAUUUCACCGUUCGGACCAUCAGAGGAUUUGUUUAACAAUAGAAUAUACUAUUGCUACUACCAACCAAGUAAGAUACUGUAGAUCAAGUAUAUGUGCAUUACAUUGAACUGCUGCAAAAAGCUAUUUUGGGGAGGAAAUUAAAUUGUCUCAGUGCACAUAAAAUUAGGAGAAGCGCCCGAGAUUGGAAAUCUUACAACAAUUCUGUUGAUGGGAAUUUAGACCACAAAUUGCAUCAGUUUGAUAUUUCAGGAAGGCAUAAGCAAACGAACAGCUCAAAGAUAUACGUACUGGUCUCGGUUAAGAAUCCUUUAAGGAGUCUAGGAUACUUUCUUUCUUCAACACUCAUUACAUAUGAUAAAGGUUGUUCUCUAAGAAUAAGUGAAUUAGUAAACUUUUUUCACCCCAAGUUAUCGAAUAGUCUUACUUCUCUGAUGCGAAAUGAUACAGAGAGUACAACUUAGAAAUUAAUCACCUUUAAAGCAUAAUUUGAAUUUAAAAAAUGCUUUCAGUUCCCUGUGAUAUUUUGUCUGACAUUGCCUGCCCCAGUCAGUCUCCUCCCGUGAAGGAAAUGCAGCUUAAAGUUAGUGCGGUACGUAUUAAUAAACAUGUUCCGUAGGCUACACAGAAUUAUUUCCCUUCAUUAUUAAUAAUGUUACAAAUAUGAAAAUUACUUCUAAUUUGUUCAAUUGAAUCUGGCAUACCCAUGUAAUGUUCUUUUCUUAUUUUUAAUUCUUGGAUGAAUGACAUUUCCACCUUGUCCGUUUUAGGAUGAUACCAUAGCUAAGGAUGAGAAAAUGAGUGAGGACGUAAAAGAGGUAUGUUUGGCUACAGGGAGUGAUUAUAUCAAAUAAACAGAACGAUUCUAGGGGAGAGACAUAAAAGAACCAUUAGUAGGGCAUCAAAAAUUUCAUCAAUUUCAAUUUGCAUUUGUUUACUGUAUUGUACUCGGAAGUUGUAUACACAAGUUUAAUGAUAAACAUGACAAACAUCAAGUCCUGAUAGAUAUGAUAGCUGGCUAAAAAAUAUUUUCGUCUUCCAGAUUGCGACAGAGAAAGCUACCAGAGGAUCCAAGUUUGUCACAGGGGGUGGGGUUGGGAUGAUGUUAAUGGGAUCAGCAUCAGUUGCUGUCUUUGCACGAAGAUUUCUAACACGAGCACGAGCGAGUUACUAA